UCAAUAUGGCGACUUACAGCAAGAAACGGCGUGUUGAAGAAAAUCUGGCUGAAAAAGAAGAGAUUCAGGAAGAGAAUGACGACUCCAGCGACUCCAAUUCAGAUGAAGAGGAAGAGGGAUAUGACGAUGAUUCACCCCAUCCUGAAAUAAAUCAGGAAGUGCAAGUUGAGUUUGAAGCUCUACCACCUCAGGAUAAUGACUUCCAUGGAAUCAAAAGAUUGCUACAACAGCUUUUUCUGAAGAGCAGAGUUAAUCUGUCAGAGUUGACCAACCUCAUCUUGUCUCAGAAUCACGUGGGGAGUGUCUUGAAGCAAAGUGAAGCUCAGCUGGCGGAAGAAAGCGAUUCCAGUGAUGACGACGAUGAAGAUCACGUGUAUGGUGUCAUUACGGCCCUCAACAUCUCUGACAAGAAGAAUGAAAACUGUGUGAAAGACAUACAGAGCCUUCUGGAGGAGAAGUGUACGAAGUGCGCGUCGCCUGCGGACCGGGAGCAGUUCAUGCGCACUCUCGACGACCCCGAGCACAGCGUGGGACUGUUGCUCAACGAGAGAUUUGUCAACAUCCCACCACAGUUGGCACCUCCCUUACAUAAAAGCUUGCAGAAAGAUCUACAGCUGGCAUCCAGGAAAAACCCCAAGUUCAAGUUGGACUACUUUCUGCUCAUCUGCAAGAGCUACAGGGAAGAUAGCAGAAGACAGCCAGCCAAGGGCAAGAAAAAGAAAGCAGCAGGCAGUGUGACCCCCGAGAAUGAGUUACUGUUUUCCAAUGCUGAAGAUGAAUAUUUCCACAAGGCUGCUGUGCUGUCUUUUGAGUACCCAGUCUCAGCAGAGAGUGACUCGGCCCUCGGGGGAAGCUGGUCCUUUGAUGACGUCGAGUACAAGACCUUCCGGACUGUCCUGCUCGUUCCCUCAUCCUGUAUGGCAGACAUCUUGUCACAGAUCGAGGAGAAUCUAUCGAUAUAAAGCUACUUUCGCCCUUAGUAAAAAUGACCCUCCCAAAGAAAAACCCUUCUGGACUACAAAAUUCAGUACUGGGCUCAUAACACAUUGUGGUCAGAUUGUGUAACAAAAUUGGUUUGCGCAUUGCGAAUGAUGUUUUCAAAUGCACAUAACAGAAUUAUUGGUCAUGAUAUACAAUGCUUGUUGGUCGUG